AUGCAGCUCGUAGCUUAGUCAAAGAGCAUAAUGGUGUGGAUCGGCUUAUUCAGCUGCUAAGAAACCUGUUAGAAAAAGAUAAUUUGCCUGAAAACAUGCGUACUAUUACUUCUGGUUGCCUUUUGAAUCUCACUGAUACUUAUGAAGAAAUUCAAGAUCAAGCUAUUGAAGCUGGAAUUUUGGAUGUGUUGUUGCAAUAUUUAUUGAAAUUCAGUUCUGAUGAAGAUGUUGUCACUCAUUGUCUGUUAGUUCUCAGUUGUUUGGCAGACAGUAGUAAUGGAAGAACCAAAAUUCUUGAAAAAUCUAUCUUGUCUUCCCUGCUGAAUCUUCUUGAGAAACCACUAAAUGAUGAUAUUAUGGAUUCACUUCUUGAAUUGUUUGGCAAUCUUUGUGAAAAUGAUUCAGCAAAGCUAAACUUAGCUGAGAUGGGUCUCUGUGAAAGAUUGGUUGAAAUUGUCAGAGCACAUAUAAAUAGUGGAAAUGUAGUAAAUGGAACCUUUAACAUCUGCAAAACUGUACCUGAUUUGGUCAUACUUAUAUUAACUGGUGAUGCAAGUAUGGAGCAUUUGUGGAAAGAUGGUCAAGGUUUGGUGUACAAAGAAACACUUUCCUGGUUGAAAAGUAAUGAUGAAAAUCUCUUAAUAGCAGGUGCUUUGGCAGCUGGAAAUUUUGCAAGAAAAGAUAGUCACUGUAUUCGAAUGUUGGCUGAUGGUGUUGUUGAAGAGUUGAGGUCACUGUUAAAGAAGCAUUCUGGAAGAGAUGGUGACAUCAGAAUGCAACAUGCUGUACUUUGUGCUCUUAGAAAUUUAGCCAUUCCUGUACAGAACAAAGCAGAAAUGGUGAAACUAGGUGUGGUUGAUAAUCUAGUUGAAAUGAUGAAUGUUGAGACAUUUCCUGUUGUUUUUAAACUUCUUGGUACUUUAAGAAUGUUAUUAGACAAACAAGAAGCAGUAGCGAUUAAAGUUGGAGAAAAUCUUGAUUUUGUAAAGCGACUUGUUGGUUGGUGUAAUGUCGAAGAUCAUCCUGGUGUUAAAGGUGAGGCUACAAGGAUGCUAGCAUGGUCAGCAAAAAAUUCAAAAGCUGCAUCUGUGAUGAAGAAUCUUGUGAAAGCUAAUGCUUUGCCUCCUGUAAUUUCAAUGAUGAAGUCUGAGCAUACAGUGAUGCAAAAUGAAGCAUUGAUAGCUAUUACUUUGGUUGCAUCGCAUUGUCUAAGUGAUGUGGAAGAAAUAGCUAGUGCAACUGAUCUAAUCAAUGUUCUAUACCAACUCAUGAGUAGUGAUAUUAUUGUACCAGAACUUACACAGAAUGCUUUAUCCCUUCUUGUAGUUCUCUCUCAGUCAGCAAAAUUAAAGUCUGCAAUUAUCAACACACCAAUUCGCUCAGAUCUGAAAGCUCUGAAGAACCACAAUGAUGAAAAGAUCAAAGAAUUGGCUGAGAAAACAAUCCAACUACUUGAAUAAGUUGCUUAAAGCUGUGUAUUUCAAACUCAUUUGGAAGUGAUUUUUGCUCAUUUGUAACAGUGCACAUUAUUUAUAUUUUAUGUAUGUAUAAUUGUGUGUUAAAAUAUCUUUUAUAAUUUAACACCUGAAUCAACUGUUUUGAAACAUUUAUGUAGCUUUUCCAUCUGUGCUAAAAAUUGAUGUUGUUGCAUAUUCUACCAAGCAUGGUGUACAGUUCCAGUGUUUAUUUCUGGUAGUAUAGGUAGGAACUUUGCAAAGUUCCUUCACAUAUUUGUCAUACCAAGAAUUGUCUAAAACCAUGACAGAUAAACUGCCUUAUGCAAAAAGCCUACUAAAAUUAUUUGAAUACAAAAUAAUUUAUUAUUUAAAAAAAAGAAAUUGUUAAAUUAGAAUUAAUAUUUUAACUAAUUAUCUUAAAGCUUUAAGUAAGUAUUUAUUAUUUU